AUGGAUGCUGAAAGUCCGGAGAGCGAGGGCAAAGAGGCCGUUUUCAGACGUGCGUGUGACCAGUGCCGUCAAAGAAAGAUUCGCUGUGACAAACGGUUACCAUGCUCGAACUGCCGCACAUCCAAGAUUAUAUGUAGCUCUACAGGCGCGGGCCAGAAGCCUCGGGAGCCGCGGAAACGCGUGCUAAUCUCUAAUGAAUACGAGAAGAAAAUCGACAGUAUCAAUGAACGACUGGGUGGAAUUGAACAGGUUCUCCAUGAGCUCAAGUCUAGCCAAGGCUCAGGUGGCCCUCAGAUACGUGCCAAUUCGGCGCCUGUCUCCAGGCCUCUGAGCCCCUCCGUUCAGUGCUAUACUGCCAACCCACAAGAGGCAAUGGACCAGGCAGAGUCGCGGACUGGAUUCGAGGGCAACUCGUUGAUGGCUACCCAGUCAGCAUAUGCUAGUGACUUCCUGCAGACUGCUGUCUCACGCAGCCCGCUGCCAAUCUCGGAUUCCAAAAUCAACGCAGCGCUGUCGACUUUGAAACAGCUCGUCAAUAUGCAGGAUAACCAGGCCUCCUCUGCUCGCGAGUUUGCUCCGCCCAAGCGAAAUCGCCUCACCGAUUGCAAUCCUCGGGAGAUGAGCAUGCCGCCAAUGAACGUUGUAAUUCCGCUGCUGCGCAAAGCUAAAGAUGGUAGCGACACGUCCUUGCAGGCUCUCUGUCCGUUCGUACAAUUUGAACGCCUUUCUGAAAAGUGUCGAGAGGUUUAUUUUGCUACAGAGGACUAUUCUGAUGCAACGUUCAUUGUGGCAAAUGGAGGGCUGUACCAAGUCUUCGUUGCAGCGAGCUUUAUGGCCCAGGACCGCGCAUUGCGAGAGGAGUAUCAGGGCUAUGCUGAUAUCUGCAAACAUAAUCUGAACACGACGUUGGCGAACUUGCACCUUUUGAUGCCCGCGAACAUAGAUUCAAUCGAGGCUCUUGCCAUGGGAGCGGCACAUGCUAUUGAGAUCUCCAAACCUUCCUUUGCCCUAACUCUGACUUCCACAGCGUCCCGUCUAUGCCAGGAAUUGGGGUUCCAUCAGAUGCCUUCCAUCGAAAACGUUGGGGCCAAAGAAAAGCAGCGCAGACUUACUUUGUUCUGGUCGAUCUAUUGUAUGGACCGAGCGCUUGCAUUGCGGUUAGGGCGCGCAGCGACCAUCCCAGACUAUGACAUUGAUGUCCCGGUUUCGUUUGAAGGUGAUACGAUGGAACUUGCUCGAAUCCAGGGUCUGGUGUACCAAAAGCUCUAUAGCCCAGCCGCACUGCGGCAGGACGAGAUGGCUAGGGUGGCGGAGGCCCGCUGGCUAGCUGCCGAAAUGCAGGAUCGUGUAAUGCUGCCGUUCAAGAAACUGUAUCCCACCCUGGAAAACUUGAAUCCGAUCGAGUACUUGUAUAUCAAAUGCGAUGAAGUAUGCCGCUUAUCGGUUCUAACUUUGAUUUACCGCGCUAUCCCCCCUCAGACGGCCACCCUGGGCACGUUUGUCAAAGAAUGCAUUGAAGCUGCCAGGAGCGCCCUCCAGGCACACAAGUCGAGCAUGUCGCUGCUGACGGAGGCCAACGAGGCCACGAAGCUCUCAUACCUUCAUUGGUAA